AUGGUAAAGGAUGAUAAAUUUCAUGCUUGUCUUAAAUAUAUUAAGGAAAGUGAAGGAGGAGAUUCAAAUCAUAAGAAUGAUAAAGGAGGAGCUACAAGAUAAGGAUUGAGUUAAAACGCAUAUAACCUCUAUUAAAAAGAGUUAGGCAAUAAAGGUUAAGUCAAAUCAGUAUUUGAGUUGAAAAAUGAAGAAAUUGAAGAUUUCUAUUAUCAUUAGUAUAAAAAAUAUAAGGUUGAUAAAAUUGAGGAUAUCAAUUCUCGUUAUCUUUAUUAUGAUGCCGUCAUACUUUCAGGACCAGGUAGAGCAGCUAGAAUGGCAUAAAGUGCUUGUAAUAUAAAGGUUGAUGGCUGUUUUGGCAAAUAAUCAAUAGCUUCUGUGAAUUCAAUGGAUUAGAAAGAAUUUUAAAAUAAAUUCAUCAAUAUAAAAAGGAAUCAUUUUCAUAAUAUAGUUAAAAAUAAACCUGAUUAAAAAGUAUUUUUAAAAGGAUGGCUUAAUCGACUAGAUAGGACUCUUUCAUAAAUUGAAAAUGGAACUAUUUAAAAAGAAUACGAUUCAAUGUAAAGUCGAAAAUCCAUAUAAAUAAAUAAAAGUAAUUAAUAAUAGACUUAAAAUCUAAAUGGAAUAGAUUGUAAUGUAGAUUUAAGUGUAUUAAAUCGUAUAAAAGGAGUAAAUAAAAUGUCUGCUCAAUUUCUAAUUGAGAGUUAGGAAAAUAUAAUUUUAUCAGAUUUGGCUACAGUACUAAGUGUAUUAUAUGAUCCUAAGUUAAAGGAUGAACAUAAAGGUAUAUAAUUUAGUUUAGAUCCAAUAAUUGUACCAAAUCAAUAGGAGUUUAAAUAAUAAUAAAAAGUUUGUUGGCCUGAUUCUUAUGUUGAAAGAAAUAUUAUAUAAGAUACUGAAUUGGCUAAAAUAUUAUUUGAUGCAGAUUAUCUAUUAAAAUUAAUGAGUUUGGGUGUUGAAGCUGAUGGAAAGACUCCUUUUAAAUAUCCAUUAGAAUUAUAAUAAUUAGGAUUGAAUUCUUGUACAUCAAUGGGAAAAUAAAAAUAAUAAUAAAUGUUAUGUAGAUUUUGGCUAGUUCCUUAACAAUGCUUUUAUACUUCAAUUAAUAAUAAAUACAUGAUAGAUGAUAUUUAAGUAGCUUGUUAAGCUAGGUAAAUAGAGAGAGUAAAUAAUAAAUUACAAGAUAAAAUAUGUUAAGAUGUUAAUGAUACAGCUUAUUAAUUUGCAGCUAAAUUUACUUAAUUAUAUGAUAAAAUAGCAAAAUUCUAUCCAAUUUUUAAUAGAUUGAAAUAAUUAUUCAAAGCAGUAGCAUUAGGAAGAUGGAUGUAUAUAAAUAAUGUAAAAACAAAUUAUUAAGAAUUAAUAAGAUUUUGUAAGAAAGUAAAUAAUUCUCCAAAAGCAAUACCAAUAUUAAAAUAUGAAAAGGUAGGUGAAGAAAGUAAAACACCUAUUUAUUUCACUUAAUCUGAAAAGAUAUAGGUGGCUAAAGAUCAUCUAAUUGAAAAAGGUCAUCCAAUAACUUAAGACUUAAUAAAUUAAGUUGUUAAAUAGAUACCUGAUAUAAAGGGAUAUUAGGUAUCUACUUAAGUACAAUAUAGUUAAGGGGGAGUAGAUACUCAUUGUUAAAAUAUGAUUGAAUCAAAAUAAGAUCCUAAAAUAAAUAGAUUUAAUAAUUUGGAAGAAGUUGACAUUCCUUUUUUUCCUUAAAAAAAGUGUAGUAAAUGUAAUAGAAUGAUUGAAAGUCAUUUAUUAAAUUUAGAUUAAAAUUAAUGUUCUAUUCAUAGUGAUUACACUUGCUAUUUAUGUUUGGACUUAAUAACAAAUGAAGAUCUUAAUCCAAAAGGUUGUGUUAUCAAUAAUUAUAGAUAUAUUUUUCAUUAAUCAUGUUACAAUGAAUAUUAAGAUAUAAUCAAUUGUAAAUAAGAUAAUGAUGAUGAUAUAUAUUGA